CGACACACAAGAGUGGCCAAAACCAAAAGACUCUCUCUCCUCUCUCUGCGACUGAAAGGCUCAACCAGCCCUCAAAUGUAGAAACUUUAUACCCCAAAGUUUCUACACACUCACCUUCUCUCACGGUAUUUUUGAGGGGUUGAUUUGGGAGAUGAGCAAAGAACACCAACCUGAGCCUCUUGAUUUCUUCAUUUGGACUGUUGAGGAUGUUGGUUUGUGGUUGGAAGUGAUAAAUCUUGGUAGUUACCGCCAGAUUUUUAAAGAAAAUGGUGUCAAUGGUGAAUAUCUGGAAGGCAUGUCCAUGUUUACUACUGAGCAGAUUCUUCGGUUUAUUAGACGAUGUCACAUGAAAUGGGGAGACUUCAUCACUCUGUGCAAGGAGCUCAGGAGGAUUAAGGUGGCUUGCCUGAAAGGGGAACAAAAAGUCCGCCGGCCAUGGUGGGCUCCUUCUUGCCUCUCGGUAUUCUUUGUCAAGGUGGCGAAACGUAACAGACAGUCACGAGUCGUUUCCUUGAAGCUGGAACCAUGAUGCAAGAUCAGCUUUAUAUGUAUGUACUUUCUUUUUGGUUUUUUUUUUUAUUUUUUUUUAUGGAUUUUCUUUUUGUUUAGAGAGCAGAAAGUAGGAAAGAACUUUUUUUUUUUUGUCUUGAAUCUGGCGAGGUCGCUGUUUGUUCUCCUUUGGAGAACUAUAUUUUACAUACAAGCCCUUUUAUGUGUUUAUUUCUGUUGUACCUUCUGUACUAAUCUGUAGAACAAGAAUACAAUGAAUACCAUGUUUUGAGUGAUCAA